AUGGUGUCCAUCACAAACUCAUCCCUCCCCCUGUGUCUCCAACAUGUGUUUGUGCUGCAUGGAAACGACUUACACUUGGAUACAGAGAAACCUUUUAAACUUGAGGAACAGACAGAUUUGUUCUGGAGAUUUAAUUCCAGUAACAAUAUAGCUAAAUGUGUUUUUAAUAAAGAUCCAGUCGUGUAUAUCAAAUAUGCAGGAAAGGCUGAGGUGUUUGGACAAAAUUACUCUUUGAAAUUAAAGAAUGUUCAACACAGUGACAGUGGAGAUUAUAAAGCAGUUGUGGUCAGCGAACAAGAGCAAAGGGUAGCUGAAUACAAGGUCAUAGUUCAAGAUCCAGUGACUGCUGCCAAACUGACAGUAGAGUCAGUGUCCAAAAGCUCAGACUCCUGUAACCUGACUGUGACCUGCAGCACAGUGGACUUUAACAUCAGCAGUAGUUUCAGAUGUGAUGGUAAAAUCUGCUCUCAUGCAGAAGAAAAGGAUUUGAAAGCCACAAAAGAAUUUUCCUCUUUAAGUGUUUACCUGCAGCAAGACACCAUUUACUGUAAUCACAGCAACCAAGUGAGCUGGAAUCAGACCAUGAAGGUGCUCAAAUCUUACUGUGAAACAGAGACAGGUAUCUCCAUCUGUGUGGUGAAGACAUUCGUGUUCUCUGUUGGUCUGAUCAUCAUGGUGAUUGCUGUGAUCAGUGUCCACAUUAUGGAGAAGAUUAAGAAGUGA